AUGGGCAAGCUUCGCCCCGGACCCUGUGUCAGGACCGUGAUGAGGACGUGUGACGCCGAGGGAUUUAAGCGCGCUCUACAGAAGGAUCCAAAAUUAAUGGUCGGAAGGCUCCAAUUCGUUACCCACAUGUACCGUGCAUGCGAUAGGUGCGGGGCUAAGUGGGAGAUUGCCGGGACAGAUCUAAAGCCGCAAUUACUGACGGCUUUGCGUUCCAAUGCUGCUGAGAGCGUCCCGACUUCGGUUCUAAUCGCCAGGGUCAUCGCAGUACGCCCC